AUGGAUGCGGGGGGUCUUCCAGUAUUCCCGGGUGCAAAUCAGGCCAAUCACCUGAACAAUCUUCACCUGCAGCAGCAACAGCAACAGCAAUCGCAACACCACCAGCUCUCGCUGCAGCAGCAACAGCAGAUGCAAUUGCUAAACAAUCACAACCUUCAUCAGCAACAGCAACUGCCGCAACAGCUUCUACAGCAGCAUCAAUUGCAACAACAUCACCAACAGCAACCUUUGCAACAGCUAUCUCAAAGCGGGGAAGUUCCACAAAAGCGUCAGGCGGUGUUCGACAGGCUGAAGCGACGCAUCGAAACUUACCGGCGGCGGCAAACCGACUGCACGCCUCGGUUUGAACAAACGUAUAGUGGGAUCUGCGAGCAACAGAGCCUGGAAACGACCGCACUUCAAAAGAAGUACCUUGAGCAGAAAAACAAGAGAUCCCUCAAAAAAACAGAAAAGAAGCAAGCUGAACUACAACAACAACAACAACCGACGUUGUCCGGCAAUUUACAAAGCAGUGUUCAUGUGCAACAAAAAUUUCUCAAGCGUUCUGCUGAUGAUAUCGAUUCCGCCUCCGAUUCCUAUGAACCUCCGGUAAAGCUACAACACAACGGAUCUGAAAAUCUGACCAAAUUCUCCGUCGAGAUUGUUCAGCAGCUUGAGUUUACAACUUCUGCUGCUAAUUCGCAACCUCAGCAGAUCAGCACCAACGUAACUGUCAAGGCUUUAACCAAUGCGUCCGUCAAAAGCGAAGGACCGACAGGCAAUGUUGGCUCAGGAAGUGGUGUUGGUGGAACCGGAGGCGCCAAUGGUAUGCCAGGCCAGCAACAGCAAUCAACCAGCAAUCCCACACCAUCACCGCAUAUGCACGAUCUCGGCAAUAUUGUUGAUUUUAAACAAGAGCCAGAGAAUGAAUUUGCGGAUCUAUCAGCGGCAUUGGAGAAAGAUGCGGCAGCUAACGGGCAUUUUCCGGGGCUAUCGGACUUCAUUGGAGACGAUACAAACGAUGAAAGCGAUACAUUCAAGGAUCUCAUAUCAGAUCUUUCGGAUUUUCAAUCCGACUUUCUCGAUUUCGAGGAAAAACCCCAACCAACGAUGCAACAGUCACAAGGACAUCAACAGCAGUCAUCACAUUCGCAACAAUCACAGAUGCAAACUCAACUACAGCAGUCACAACAGCAGCAGCAGCAUCAACAAACGCAACAGAAUCAACAGCAGCAUCAAUCCCACCAACAACUCUUGCAGUCACAACAGACUCAACAGCAUAUGCAACAGCAGCAUCAUUCAUCUCAUCAUCAGCUGCAACACCAACAAAUGCACCAUCAACAUUCGCAACAACAGUCGCAGCCUCAGCAGCAGCAGUCACAUACUGGAGCAGGACAGCAAAUGGUACAAGCGCUACAACAACAGCAACAUUGCCGAACACAUCCCCAACAGCAUUCGCAACAACUUCAGCAACAUCUUCAGCAGCAACUGCAACAUCAACAAAUCGAAGUGAAGCAGGAAACCUGUAUCAAACAAGAGCAUCCCAGUCCAGGACUGUUGGAUAACAUGGGUCUAAAACGUGGUGGUCCGUUACCUCCCCAUCAGCAGCAAUCGCAACAACAACAACAGUAUUCAAAUGCAUUUGUAGACGGAAUCAGUAGCUCUGGUAGUGGAACAGGUACUGCUGGAUCCAUUACAAAGCAGCGAACUGGUGCUGGAUAUGGAAAUGCUCAAAAUGGCCCUAUAUCUGAACUUUCACCUGCAGCGCAAACACUUAAGCAUAUGGCAGAGCAGCACCAGCACAAAAAUGCGAUGAAUAUGGGCUACUCGAGGACAGGACCUCAAGGGCCACAGGUACAACAAAGACCGCCAUAUUCAGAGUUUGGUCAGUUUCCUGGCAACGAUUUUAUGAACGCAUCAGUAGGUGGUGGAGCCGGUGGUCCAGUCGGUGGAAAUGGUCCUGUCGGGACUGGAGCUGUGGGUUCAAUGCCGCUUGGAAGUGGGGCUAAUGUGACAGGAGCAGGUGGUGGUCCUGGAAACGGUUCGAUUACCGGCAACCAAUUUCACAAAGCUAACGUAUCACCGUUUCCAAGUGCGGACUUGAUAAAGCAAGAGCUCUUUGUUCCUCAGAGUGAUUUUGAUCUUAAACCCACGCUAAAUCGCUUGCAACCCUCAAUGGGUCCUAACGGACCAAAAAUGGGCCCGGGUCUUGGCGGUUUCGGUAAAACACCAAAUCACCAACAACAGGCUACGUCACAACAGCAACAACAACAAUCACAGUUCUCACCAUAUGGGUCUCCAGGUGGAUUAACAAAUCACGGUGGAAGUCCAGGUCCGGGAUUUAUGCCAGGACCUCGAGGAUCUAGCACUGGCCCAAAUGCUGGACCAAAUCAAAGUUCAACUGGAAUGGGUGGAUCUGGAGGCCCUGGUGGCCCUGGCGGCAGUGGUGGCGGAGGGGGUGGCAGUGGUGGUGGAGGUGGCGGAGGAGCUGGAGGUGGUGGAGGUGGAGGUGGAGGUGGAGGAAAUGGAGGUGCAGGCGGUACCAAUACAAGUGGCCCUGGUGGCAACGGGGUGCCCAACAAUGGUAUGCCUCCAAGGAAUAAUUCCAACGCAGGAUCAAUACCGGCUGGACAAAACUCAACAAUGCUUCAGAUGAAGCAAACGCAACAGCUGCACAUUAGUCAACAAGGUCCAGGGGGUCAUGGCAUUCAGGUAAGCACCAACUGCGAAACUACUAUUGCCCGUCAAUCCAAAAGGAACCUCAAAACAGUCCACACGGUUUCUGCUGGACAGCAUUUACAUCUCAGUGGUGAUCUCAAAGCAGGUGUAUCGGUCGCUACGCAGCAGGGAUUAUUCUUUAGUCAGCAGCAAACUACUCAACAACAACAAAAUCAGCAACAGCAUCAGCAACACCAACAGCAUGGACAACAUUCACAACAUCAACAACAUGCACAACAUCAGCAGCAUCAGCAUCAACAACAUCAACAUCAGCAACAUCAACAUACACAACACCAGCAACACUCGACACACCAACAGCAUCAGCAACAUCCGCAGCAUCAACAGCACCAGCAACAUCAACAACAUCAGCAACAUCAUCCCCAGCAAGCUGGUCCAAAACAACAGCAACAAGUGCAACAGGGAAAACAAUCGGGUGCAAACCCUAGUAACAUCCCUGGAGGAAUGGUGGGUGGACAGACUGGAAUCGGUAGCAACGUUGGACAACAGACGACAAUUCCGAAUGCCUCCGGACCAGGACUCAAUGCUGGAAGCGUUGGAGGAAAUGCUUCCGGAUCAGGUCCAAACCAAAAUCAUCAACAAAACCAAGUACCGAAUUCACAAGGUUCAUCAAUUAUCAAUGAGGCGCAAUAUACAGUAUCACAGUCACAAACUAUCAACUUUACGCAACAAACCUUAAGAGCUCGUCAACAACACCAAAGUAGUGGGGGUGUUGGUAUGUCGAAUGGAAACAAUGGUGGUUCUCAACAUCAGCAACAGCAACCAGGACCUGGAAUGACAGGACAGGCACCAAAUCAAUCUCAACAGCAAGUUCAUACUAGUGGACCACAAGCUCAAAGCUUGAGUAGUGGCUCAACAGGCACUACUGGACCUGUUAUGGGUCAAGGUAGUGCUACUAUGCCGCCUGGAAUGGUCGGUGCCAUGGGAGGCCCUGGCGGAAUGGGAGGUCCAAGUGGUUCGACUAAUAACAAUGUUGUAAUUGGACAAAAUGCAAAUGUUGCCAUCGGCAUGGCUGGUGGUAUGGGUGGUCCAAACGGAGGCGGUAUUAGCGGAUUAAAUUCAAUGGUAUCAAACUCAUUGGCCACAGGUGCUGCCGCUGGUGCCUCAGGUAUCAAUGGAUCCGGGAUAGGAGGAAACAAUGUCGGAAUGAUGCAUGGUGGAUUGGCGGGUCCUGUGGGCCCUGGUAGUGGUGCUGCUGGGGCAAUGCGACACGCAGAGCAGAUGAAGUUUAUACAGCAGCAACAGCAACAACAGCAAAUGAUUCGAGCCCAAGCCAUGCAGCAGCAGAUGGCUGCUGGUGCACGACCACCGCCGCCGGACUAUAAAGCAGCGCAGCAGGCCAACCCAGCUGCUGCAGCAGCAGCUGCUGCUAUGAUGCAACAGCAACAACAGCAAAUGUUGCAUGCUGGCGGUCGAUUCCCAGCUAUGCGACGAAUAACACAACAACCGAUUCCCCCAAGCGGACCAAUGAUGAGAGCACAGCAUGCUGCCUAUAUGCAACAGCAACAACAGCAACAGCUUACCGGCCAUGGUGGCCCGCGAGGAGGAGGAAUGGUGGGUGGAUUUGGCGGUGGGCCAGGCCCUGGUGUUGGUUUAGCACCUGGGGGAGGUGCUAAUGGUGUAGGUACCAAUGGUGGAACUGGAACUGUUAUGGGAGGACCAGUACAGCGUCCACCAAACGUACAGGUUGGUCCAGAAGGAAUGCCAAUAAGUUCACAACAGGCUGAAUGGAGGCAUAUGAUGGCAAUGCAGCAACAGCAAGUAAAUUUCAGUGGUACAAGCGGUGGAAGUAUGCGACCUGGAUUUGGUGGACCUGCUGGUGGACAAGUAGGAGGUCCGAAUGGAUCAGGACCGAUAUCUCGAAUGGAUUCUUCUGUUGGACCGCCGGGGUCAAAUGGAAAUGCUGGAUCGAUUUCUACCAAUGGUGGAGCUGGAAAUAGUGGAGGUAGUGCUAAUGGUCCUGUUAUGGGACCAAAUGGCUCGAAUGGUACUCCUGGUAUACCGGGUAGUGGGAGCGGUAUGUCGGCAAUACAGAUGCAGAUGUUGCGUCAACAAAACCUCUCAAUGUAUCAAGGGCAGGCAAAUAACAGUGGUGGUCCUAUGAGCCAAAUGCAGAUGUUACAACAACAGCAACAGCAACUUCAGCAGCAACAGCAACAGCAAAGCAUGAUGAACCAAAUUCAGAUGAGUCAGAUGCACAUGUCUCAGACGCAAACUAUGUCAAUACAACAGCAACAACAAAACCAACAAUCUGUGAUGAAUACCUUUACAACGCAAUCGACGCAACAGUCCACUACAACGACGAUGAUGAGCGGAAGCGGCAAUGGAGGUGGUCCAGGAGUCGGAUCAGGCGCAAAUGGUAAUAUUAAUUCUGGCAAUAUGCUCACUAGCUCCGGCUCGGUAACUACGGGUUCGAACAGCAAUAACAACGGAGCAAAUAGCAACAACAAUAACGGCAGUGGCAACAUCAACAAUAGUGGUUCCGGUAAUAAUAAUGGUGGUAAUAAUAAUUCAUCGGAGUUCCUAGCAUUUCUAGAGAACUUACCCGUAGGCGAUCCCAAUCAGUUUAAUGCUCAGGAUCUGCUCAAUUCACUCGACAAUGAUAGUUUCAAUCUUCAGGACAUUCUGUAA